UCUCGCCAACGACAACAACAUCACCGCAAAUGAGACGGACUUCUCGUCGCAUAUGAUGGUCUCCAAUGGGAGCCUCAGUCACGCCAAUGAGACGUCUUUCCAUUUGGGAGUCCUCCUGGAGAGCGGCUUUAUAGUGAGACUAAUAGACGUGGUUUACCUCAUGUUUCACGAGCCCCUCUGCAUUUGGACACUCAUUAACUCCGCCUAUUGUUGUCUAAUACUAGUGGGGAAAGUGAUCCAAAAGCUGGUGUUCGGCGAACUCCGAGUCUCAGAGCAGCAGCACAUGAAAGACCGCUUCUGGAACUUCGUCUUCUAUAAAUUCAUAUUCAUUUUUGGUGUCAUGAAUGUCCAAUACAUGGAUGAAGUAGUUCUCUGGUGCAGUUGGUUCUCGAUUCUCGGAUUUCUCUCACUAUUGGCACAAUUAUGUAAAGACCGCUUCGAGUACCUGUCCUUUUCGCCAAUGACUCCCAAAUGGACGCACUUUCGACUCAUCGUCCUAUUGAUGGCGAUUCUCACCACUUCUGUGUCCCUCUUUGUGGUCUGUGUUUUGGUGGGAAUACACGCCGGCAUUAAUACAUUCGCAUUCAUGACCGCCGAGUGCUCUCUGGUUGCCGUGAGGACACUGUUUGUGAUCGUCCGCUACUCCAUCCACUUAUGGGAUCUUAACUAUGAGGGCGUUUGGGAGAACAGGGCUUCGAUGGCCUACUACACGGAACUGGUGUUCGAGUUGUCCACUCUCACCAUCGACUUCUGCCAUCACUUGCAUAUGUUGUUCUGGGGGAACAUUAUCUUAUCGAUGGCAUCGCUGGUCAUUCUCAUGCAACUCCGGUACCUGUUCUACGAAAUCAAUCGACGCAUUCGUAAACACAAGAAUUAUUUACAAGUGGUCCGUCUGAUGGAAUCCAACUUUCCGAUGGCGACCAGCGAUGAGUUGGAGAAGAACAGCGACGACUGCGCUAUUUGUUGGGAUCGCAUGGAAUCGGCCCGAAAGCUGCCGUGCGGUCACCUCUUCCACAACUCGUGCUUGAGGUCGUGGUUAGAACAGGACACCAGUUGUCCCACUUGUCGCACAUCACUCAAGAACCGCAAUGAAGACGAGGACGAGAGUCCGGAUCGCAUCACAGGUGAG